CUUUUGUAUCUUGUCGACUUGUUCCAUUAUUUUCAAAAUUUUGAUAUAUUAGUAUAAUAUAAUAUUAAAAACUAGUCCUCUAGUUUGUAAAAUUUUCUUUUGAUUUUAAACUGAAUACUGAUCACCUGUUUUAAAUAAAUGUUAUAAAUGGUCGAUUCAGUUAGUAUUUCUUUGACAGAGCAAAUUGAGGAACUUCGAAGAAAAAUUGCUCUUUUAGAUGGGGAUCGCAAAGCAUACUUUGAAAACUCCCAAUGGACAAUGCAAAUAAAUAAAGAUGCUAUUUCCAAGUUAAGAACAAUGAACAAAGCAUUGCGUCUUGAUUUAGCUAAAAAAAAGGCUGGAGACAGAAAAAUAAUUGAUGACGCUUUUCAAGACCAAGAUACAGUUCGCCAGAAUGCAGUAGGUGGAAUAUCAGGAAAGGAUGUUGUGGCAAAAUUAGAUCAAAAAGUAUGUGAAGUAAAAAAAAGAAUAAAUUCCUUAAACCAUCAACUCUCAGUUCGUGAAAAAAAGCUUGCUUCACUGCAAGUAGAAUAUGAAGAAAUGCAAAAAGAUGUAGAAAUGGUACAGCUGACAAGCUGCGGAGAGUCAGAUGAGGCUCAGAGGCUAAGGGUGUUGGAAAAUUCUCUUGACAAGAUGAAUUUAAAACUCAACGAAGCAGCUAAGAUUCGACAUACUUAUGAACAAAUCCUUGAACAUCAAAAAGAGGAAAGUAGAACUUGGCCUAACGCUCUAGAUUCAUUAGAACAAACUAUAAAAGAACAAAAUGAUGAACUAAAGGAGCUAUACAUUGUUUACAAUGAUGCUCAAAUUGCUAGGGAUACAGCACGAUCAGAAUUAGCAAAGUUUGAACAAACUGUAACGGAAGCUAAAAAAGAUAGGGAGUUGCAAUUAGCAGAAUAUAAAAGACAAGCUGAAGAAAAAAAAGAUUAUGCUGAAAAGGUGGAGAAGCGGUUACAAAGAACAUUGCAGCAGGACGAUCUUAACCAAGAUUUAAAGUCAAAACAUUCGAGUGAAGAGCAAGAACGCAAAAUUACAACGUAUGAAGAGGCCAUGGCAAAAAUUAAGGAUGCCACAGGUGUUUCUGAUAUAAAGGAGGUUGUGCAACGAUUUUUAUCUCAAGGUGAAACACAAAAUCAUCUUCAGUCACUAAAGUUAGCCAAUGAAAAAGUAUUAGCUCAUUUAAAAGAAGAAAAAGAAAGACUUCAAACAGAGUUUGAAGAAAUGAAAUAUUCUGGUGAAGCAAAACUCUCAAAUGGUGAGAAAAUGCUAGAAGAACUUCGAGAGGAAUUAAAAGUUAGUGAAGCUAAGUUGUUGGAAGCUAAAAAUGCUCAACAGUUAAUCAGUAGGUCUGUAGCUGAUGUAAAAUCAGGUAUUGCACAUCUUGCAGACAAGUUACUACCAAAAAGUCAACUUCCACCUUUGGAUUCAGAAAAUUUUAUCAUGGAUACAUUAAAAUUAUGUGAAACUAAGCUGACUGUUCUUGUUGAAGAAUUAGGCGGCAAAGAUAUUGGAAGUUUUUUGAAAGAAAUGGAAGAUGCAGAGUUUCGUUCUUCGCUGGAAACAAAACUACCUGCAUUUAACACACGAAUCAAACUUCCUACUUUUGCAGAAAAACUUCCUACUUUUGAUGAUGACGAAGAUAGUGGAGCUGAAGAUGACUAUUUGUCAAGGAAUGCUAUUAAACAAAAUUCCCAGCAGAUUGUUGACUCAAAAACAAAGAAAAACAAAACAAAAAAGAAAAAAAAUAAAAAGUAACUUUUGCAGACAAUGAAAAAUGUUAUUUGAAAGUUUUUAAACAUUUGUUUAUAAUUUUAUUUUUAUCUUUUAAUUUAUUUUAAUAUAGGUCAUUUUCACAACUAAAUAAUAUAUUUUUUCUCUUCGUGUUUAAAUUUUUUUUUGAAAAUCGUAUUGUACUUUGUACUUUAAAGAUUCUUUACCGAUAAUAUAGUAAAUUGAAAUUUUGAA